AUGGCUAGAAUUUACAAAGACACCCGAGUCGACCUCCGGCCGUACUCGCGGAACUCCGUCUUGACCAUCCGCAUCCCAACAGAAGCGAACACGCCAGGUCGCGCCCGAUUCGCAACAUCCCCCUUCACGAGAUUCGAAGAACCGAUCGCGAAGGACGAAGACGAGUUUUCUAAGCGCUUCCUGACCACCCAGGGGUCUGUUUAUUUCCGCAAGCGCAGCGUUUAUCCCCGGACGUUCCUAUGGAGGGUCAUCGACGAUAGCAAGGUCUUGGAGGUCCAGUGUGUGGAUUUGACAAAGGGGGGAAUUGAGCACCACGAAUAUAACGUGACCUUGCGAUUUGAUUUCAAAGAAGCGAUUAUUCCGUCGGGAGUUGAUUUCGCCGAUUUGGAGGACCACGAAGUGCUCAGCGUGUUUGUUAUUACAGCCUCCAACCAGCUACACACUUUGACCCUGCGCCCGGAAUUCUUUCGACGGACGGAAGCAAUCGAUGAAAACGUUUCGGACUGGUGCAAGUCCUGUGUUCCGGCACCCCUCACAUUCUCUCACCCUCACCGACUACACGCUAGCAGCCCACUGGAGCUGUUCAUUUCCCUCGACAACGGUUCCCUUUUGCGCCUGAGCAGGAAAUCUAGCGAUGAUGGCUCGCACUGGACCCCAUUGACUUUUGACGAAAGAACCUGGGGAUCGUCAAUUCGAGGCUUGGUCAGAUGGCAUGCGCAACCCUCGAUAAAAUACAAUGGACGUAAUCUCGACCCAAAUCUCGCCAACGCGAUUGCUACCACUUCCGAUCAGACCUACGUUUUUGCGAUCUGUUUAAACCACACCUUGAAGAUAUGGAACCUCGCCACGAAUAAACUGGUCGCGACAAAGGAUCUGCUGGGUCGCGAAAUACCACAGUCCGAUGCGACAACAUACUCGCUCAAUCCGUCCGAAUCAUCUUUCAUUCGAGUUUUCAAUGUCGAGAGGGCACUUGAUGGAGGCUACCGGUAUUACCUCAUCACAUACUCGCCUUUCGAGGAUGGCCGCUUCAAAUUUUGGGCUAUCAAAGGGGGGCUGACGACAGCCCUUGAAAUUGAAGAUCUCUUCCCCGAUGCUUCGCUGAGGCCUCUGGACCCGGAUACGUCAGGCAACAUGUUCUGGACGAUUGCGGAUUUCGAGGUUAAGCCGGCGGAAGAAGGAAUGGGAAUGGAGCUAUGGGUACUUUGGAGAAAUAGCAGCAUGUACCAGCUCUACACACUGCACUUCAAUUUCGAGAGCUUGACUACGGACUGGGAUAACAAUUGGGUAUCGACGGUCAUGGAUACUCGCGGAGAAGCGCACCCGCCGCUACCGCCGGUGUCCUCCGAUGUUGAGGACCCGACUGAGAAGUGGUUGAAGUUCCUUCUACACCCUAACAGGCUCUCACCCGAGGCGCUUGAGACCGCUUUGGCCAUUUACCAGGAAGCUCUGAAGCCAUUGUCUUCGCCCAGUGUGUUGAAGAAGGACACUCCUCUCUCUGAACGUCUCUGCUCCACAAUUGCCGCCACCGUCUCACUCCGCAAGUACGCCGACGACGAAAUGGAUUUCAUGCGGUAUCGAAGUGAUACAGACUCCAAGUGGCGCCAAUUCUGGCAAAUUGCGGACGAUAUCAACAGAAGAAGAUUUGAACCGGUCACGCUUGCGUACGAUUCGUAUUAUGAGAUCCCGUGGCUGCUACUCUCAGGCGGUUGUGCGGUGAUUAGAGAGUGCAGCUCUACAGAACUACUUUUGCACAAUUCGGGCCCGGAGCUACGUUCAGAGGGGCCCAAGAUCGUGGAUCGCUGGAGACACAGGAACCUGGGCACGGAAAUUGGUGAUUCGUUCGAGGAGGCGUCUCAUUUGAUCCAAGUUGCUUCGGGAUUCCGGCGGAGGUUUCCCCCAGAGCUUGAGGUGGCUUGCCUAGGAGCCCUUGAAGCAGAGAUGUUCACGGAGCCCUCGUCAUCUAUCCCCGAUAGGAUGGACGCCUUCCGCGAACGAUGUGAAUUCGGGGAACAAAUCUCUAACAAGAUCUAUGACGGCCUGGUUGGUGCUAUGAACAAACGCCUAAACAUCUUCAAUCUACGGAAUGAUGUCUUUUACACUAUCAUCGACACGAUUCCGCUGGGCUUCCCGGGCAAGGAUUCGGACCUCUUGGCCACACAUUUUGGAGUCAAGGUCACCGUCAACGGUGUCCAGGAGGCUAUCUUCUUCACGCGUCAAAUACUCAUUGACCUUCUUUCCCUGGCUAUCUUCGUGGAUGGUGAAGUAGAGCAGGAGGAAGGCUCAGAUUUUGACGCCGUUGAACUGUUUGCCUCGCUGAUCACUUUACUGCGUGAAUAUGAAAUGAUGUUGUGGCUCAGCUCGAACUCUCGGAAGUGUGCUGAUAGGCCCACCGGUAGUUCCGGAGACCUGACUCCUUCGACGUUUUCAUUGAAGGAAUCGCCGUCAAGAAACAGCAACACAAGGACGGCAACCAUCUUGGAGGACUUGUUUGCCACCGAUAUUAAACCCCGCCAGACCAUCGGCCUACCCCAGAGUUAUACUUUGAGUCUCGGUAUUCGAGAUGUUCUGUCGUGGGUCACGCGUCAAGGGGAGGUGGCCUAUCCAAACGCACUGGUCUACAUCCAAUGUGAUCUCAUUGCGAAAAACAACAUUGAUCUUGCUUGGGAUUUCCUCCGCUUUCAAGCAAGCACAUCUUGGGCGACCUACGUCAAAGGCCGCCUGUACGUGGCUAUGUCUGAAUUCGACAUUGCAGCCUUGUAUUUCCGAAAAUCUGCAUAUCUGCUCUCGUGUGGCAAACCACUAGGUAAUUUGCACGAAAUGUCGUCGACUCUUUUAGACAUUUUCUCGGUAGACUGCUUCCAUAACGGUCUACCGAAGUAUUUCCAACACAUCCUAUCCAUUUUUGAACAGGCUCGCUCGUUCUCCCAUGUUGCGGACUUUGCCAGUCUUGCACUGCAGGCGCUGGCGAGCGAAGGAUACUCGGAGCAGGACCCGGAGUACCUCAGCCUGCGAACGGAUCUUCUUUCGCGCCUAUUCUAUGCCUCUCUUCACAACUGCCAAUUCGAUCAGGCGUACUCCGCACUUGCCCGCUACAAGGACCUUACACUUCAAAAGUCUGCACUCAGCUCUUUGAUCACGGGCAUUUUGGCCGCCUCGGGGUCUGGCACUGCCGGCCUUCAGCAGAUUCUCCACUUCCCUACGGCGCUUGUCCCCAAUAUCGCAUCCUAUGUGGACGAGGCCUUGGUCUCUCUUGCCCGGAAGCAGACGUCAUUUACCUCCUACCUGGAUAGUGGGAACCAAUGGGCCGACGGCACCCCGGACUACCAACGAAUCUUACAAGCGUAUCGUAUUGCACGGGGUGACCAUCGCGGCGCCGCCGAGAUUGCCUACCGCAAUGUCCAACGACUCCGGAACUCGCGGGACAGCUCUUCGGCUUUAGUUUUGGCUAAAGGCCGCACGGAGGAUCUGACAGCCGCAGCCGGAGAAGAUGACCCGGAAAGUCAGGAGAUAAGACACGAGCUUUUGUCGCUCAUUAACCUGCUUGGUUGCGUCGACAAGAGCGAAUCAUACAUUCUCAUCGAAAAGGACGUCCCCUCCCUGUCUUCUGCGCCGCCGUAUAGACGCCGGAGCCUGCAGGCGGAUGAUGAUGGAAACGUAUUUAUGGACGAUGCUGAAGCUGGCUCGCCCACCCCUUACGGUUCCAAGCGCAGGAUCAGCUCUAGUCCCACGGCCAUCCGACCUGCCAGUCGACGAGGAAGCAAAUCCUCGACCACCGAGACCGCCGGUCCCCGCCGUCGCGUCAUAGUCACACUCGACCACCUACGUCGCGAGUACCAAAGCGAGCUAGACCGGGUCAGCAGGAUCGAACGAGGCGAUUGGGAGUUCGGGGCUUUUGAUUCUGACGAGGCUGAUAAUGAUGAUACGAUGCUACUCUAG